UUUAAUUGGACGCCAAAAUUUUCGUUAGCGUCAAGAAUUCAAAUUCGUCUUCGUAUACUCGUACGUAUAUAAGGGAAUAACUAGAAAUUUUAUAAUCUCCAAGUUUUAAAUGCACAAAUGAGAUAUGAAUCCCCGAGGAAUUCUUGUAGAGCAAUCACUAAAACUAUACUCAACAUCGUGUAAAUCAUGUUGUCUGUUCAUGAUGCCUCGGUGGAAUUGGGGAGAAAAUCCUUGCAAUGUAAGACGUAAAUAAGAUAUCUGAACAAUAUCGGCAUAUUGAUCAAUGUUCUAUUUAACCGGUUAAACAGUGUUUGUCAAUAUAUACCGUGUAGACUCAGGAACCGUCAUCAAUUCUUGCCUUCUUUAAUCGAUAUGUGCGCUAUGUAUCUAUAAACCGAUGUUCCAGCUAAAACUUUAAAUUAAAGGAUCAAUCCGUUAAGAUGAUUUUUGAAAUGAAGAUGCCAAUGGAAAGCUUUCAUUUUGUUUGUGUGUGUUAUAUGUUUGUUCUGGUAAAACAGGAUACCUUAUAUGUAUCGGCUUCAACAUUUAGACCAGUUCCUGAAUCGAAACCAACUCCUACCACGACUUCUGGAAACAACACGGAUAUAACACCAAAAUUCGUUCUAGAGAUAAAAACAGUAGAAUCCGAGCCUGGGAUUACAGCGCCAGAAUCUGUACCAGAGGGACAGCCUGAAAGUACCUUUUCACCAGACCCGAAAUCUGAAGAAACAAUCGUACCGGAAGUUGAACAAGAAACAGAAAGUACACCUUAUCCUGAAUCUGAGCUCAAGGGAAUAUAUUUACUUCAAAUAGAGGAAACUUCGUCUCCAGAAACAAAACAAGAGGAUACUUCAUCUUUAGAGACAGAAGUAAACUCAUCUCCAAAAACUGAACCGAAAGGAACAUCAGGAGAACCAACAGUGAAGCCCUCUCCUGGAGCAGAAACACAUUUCAAGGCUACAUCUUCUCCAGAAACAAAGGGAGCAUGGUCUCCACAUACAGACCCAGAAACAUUGUCUCUGGAGUUAGACACAGAUGACACCUUAUCUCCAGAACCAGAAGGAACUUUGUCUACAAUGGACACAUUACCCCCAGGAACAGAACGGGAGGGAACCAUGUCUCCUGAAAAUGAACCAGGAAAAUUAACAUCCCUAGAAACAGAACCAGAGGGAACUUCAUCUCCAGAACCAAAGGGAACAUUGUCUCCAGAAACAAAACCAGAGGAAAUAUUGUCUUCAGAAACAGAACCAGAGGGAACAUUGUCUCCAGAAACAGAACCAGAGGGAACAUUGUCUCCAGAACCAGAGGGAACAGUGUCUCCAGAAUCAGACAGAACAUUGUCUCCAAAAAUAGAACCAGAGGGAACAUUGUCUCCAGAAACAGAAACAGAGGGAACAUUGUCUCCAGAACCAGAAGCAGAGGGAAAAUUAUCCCCAGAAACAGAACCAGAAGAAAUAUUGUCUCUAGAAACAGAACCAGAAGAAACAUUGUCUCCAGAAACAGAGGGAACAUUGUCUCCAGAAAUAGAACCAGAAGAAACAUUGUCUCCAGAAACAGAACCAGAGGGAACAGUGUCUCCAGAAACAGAGGGAACAUUGUCCCCAGAAACAGAACCAGAGGGAACAUUGUCUCCAGAAACAAAACCAGAGGGAGCAUUGUCUCCAGAAACAGAAAGAAUAUUGUCUCCAGAAACAGAACCAGAGGGAACAUUGGCUCUAGAAACAGAACCAGAGGGAACAUUGUGUCCAGAAACAGAACCAGAGGGAACAGUGUCUCCAGAAACAGAACAAGAGGGAACAUUGUCUUCAGAAAUAGAACCAGAGGAAACAUUGUCUUUAGAACCAGAGGGAACAUUGUCUCCAGAAACAAAACCAGAGGGAACAUUGUCUCCAGAAACAGAACCAGAGGGAACAGUGUCUUCAGAACCAGAGGGAACAUUGUCUCCAGAAACAGAACCAGAGGGAACAUUGUUUUCAGAACCAGAGGAAACAUUGUCUCCAGAACCAGAGGGAACAUUGUCUCCAAAAACAGAACCAGAGGAAACAUUGUCUCCAGAAACAGAACCAGAGGGAACAUUGUCUUCAGAACCAGAGGAAACAUUGUCUCCAGAACCAGAGGGACCAUUGUCUCCAGAAACAGAACCAGAGGAAACAUUGUCUCCAGAAACAGAACCAGAGGGAACAUUGUCUCCAGAAACAGAACCAGAGGAAACAUUGUUUCCAGAAACAGAACCAGAAGAAACAUUGUCUCCAGAAACAGAACCAGAAGGAACAUUGUCUCCAGAAACAGAACCAGAAGGAACAUUGUUUCCAGAAACAGAACCAGAAGGAACAUUGUCUCCAGAAACAGAAACAGUACCAGAGGGAACAUCAUCUCCUGAGACAGAACCAGAAGGAACAUUGUAUCCGGAAACAGAACCAGAAAAUACAAUUACAUAUUUACCUGAAACUGAACCAGAGGAAACCGCAUCUGAACCCGAGGGAACAUUGCCAACUAAUGAAAUCAUUUCAGAGCCAGAGGGUACAUCUAACGCUGAUACAGAACCAAAUAGUAAACCGGAAUUUGAAAGUGACGCAGAACCGGAAGUGCGCCCCUCAGCAGUAGAAAUAGUGACUCCCCCCUUUGGCUUGAUUUUUAUGAUUGCUAUAGCUGGAUUGGUCCUUCUUUUUAAGUCUCACUACAAACGCUUCAUGUUACUCGUAAAGAGGCAGAAAAACACCAAAGAGAAGAUGAGCUCUACUGUAAAGCUGUACGAUAUAGAGAAGGAGAAUUUACAGGUCUACCCUGAAGAAGACAAUUUCUAUAGUGCGUUUGACAGAGAGGUCAUUGAUAGUCUUGGUGCAUUUCAUAACCGGCCUCUUGAUUUAUUCAUCAUAGCGCUGCCAGCUGUUAUUUCCCUGGCACUCUGUCCCUUGACAUUGUAUCUCUACGUACCUUUCGUCAACUUCCUGUGGCCACCAGAAGAGUUUGCCACAGUCCCGGAUAUCAAUGACGCUAUCGCGUGCUUUCUCGCACCAGCAGGCUUGGUAUAUGCGACGUCAUUUGGAUUUGCCUUUCAACAAGCUUUGUCGAAGCAGCAUCAUAUCAUGGAGAAAGUAAUCAGUGAAAUCAGCAUGGUGGACCAAAUUGCUACAUUUUCUACGAAAAUGACACUUGCUCAUCCUUCAAUCCGGUGCCACAUAUAUCGAGCAGUUAAGGCGGAGGCGAUAUUUAUGAUUUUACAACUUCUUAAUCGCGAGCCUUCAUCUUACCAGAACAAACCUACAGAGGACGUCAAAGUAAAAAUCUGGAACAUAGUGGACCUCCUCCGUCAGGUGGACGCUGGUCCGAAAUGUCAGGUGGACGCUGGUCCGAAAUGUCAGGUGGACCGUGUUCUGUGUGAGAAGAUCCUGUCGCACAUCAUGAAGCUUAACAGUAUAUGUUCAGACAGAAUCGGCGUCCUUCACACCAAAAUCCACCCGGUCAAGUGGGCGUUCCUUGAAUCACUUGGAUUCUUCUCUUUCAUUGGCAUUCUGUUGUUACGUGCCUCCUCUUACCGAAUGGAACUGGUCAUGUGCAUCAUCACGGUCUUCUCCAUCAGUAUGCUAUGUUACGUCGUCUCGGACCUGGACUCCCCUUUUAGUGGAUUCUUCCGGGUGGAUCUCUCCGUACUCUUGCAUGUUCUCCAGAGACUGGAAACUAUGUACACGGAAUCUCUAAUGGAGGAAGGACAGAAUAAUUUGUCGGGCGGGAACGUGGUGACAGCGAUUCCCCAGUGUGCUGAUGGUGUUAAGAUCAUGAUAAAUAAUGUCCCGAGAAAAGUUUGGUGCAAAGAGGAAAGUUGUGUUUGAUGUGGUGGUUUCAAAAGUGUUUGCAUUAAUUAGGGAUGUCAGAUCCAAUAGGAUUAAGUAAACACCGACUCGGUCGUCUUUCUGAUUAAGUGUUUGUAUACAGUUCUACCGGGACAGCAUCAUUUUGAACAGUUUAAGACUGUUUUAUUUACUCUAAUCAUUCUCUACUUCCGCUUUUUAAGGAAGUGAAUCAUCCAUCUACAUAGAUCAUUCGUAUUGAAUUUUAAAGCAAUUAACAAAAGUCGAUCCUUGCACUUGAAUUGAGAAUCUUCCGUCAUACAGUACAUUUGCUGGUAUGGAAGUGACAACUGGCAAUAUAGUAUUUCAACGUUGUUGUGGUCAUGUUUUAAACUUAUAAAAUGUAUCAAAUCUUU